UCACAGGAAGUGUGUUGUUUGAACCUUGUUCAUCUCUGGCCCUGAAGUGAAACAGGCUGUUGUUUUCUCAGAUAGGCGCUAUGGCCAACCAGCUGUUUGUCAUUCUGCUCUUCACUUUUCUGUCAAGAUUCGUGGAGGCAGAAAGAAAUGUAUUCUUAAGGGACAAAACUGCCAACAAGUUUUUGAGUAGAACAAGGCGGGCCAAUUCACCAUUUGAGGAGUUCAAGAAAGGAAAUAUUGAAAGAGAGUGUUAUGAGGAGAGGUGCUCAAAAGAAGAAGCCAGAGAGGCCUUUGAAAAUCAAGAGAAAACGGAGGAAUUCUGGAAUAUAUAUUCUGAUGGGAACCAAUGUGAGCCUAACCCGUGCCAUUAUGGUGGAACGUGCAAAGAUGGAAUCGGUAAAUACACCUGCAUGUGUUUAGAUGGUUAUCAUGGCUCCAAAUGUGAAUCAGUCAUCCAAAAGUAUUGCAAACUAAACAAUGGUGGUUGUCAACACUUCUGCACUCUUGUGGAAAACACUGUUGUGUGUUCUUGUGCUGAUGGAUAUAUUCUGGGGGAAGAUGGAAAUUCUUGUGUUGCUACAGGAAGUUUUCCCUGUGGUCACAUUUCAGUGAAAAAGGAAAGACCAAAGAAAAAGAGGGAAGCAAGUUCCUUUGGAGAUACAAUGGAUGCUUCCCUUGAUUAUGACACAGAACUGACUUAUGAUGAUUCAUUGGGUGACCAAAAUUUCACCACUCAUAGCCCUUCCCUACACUCUGAGGAUAAAGCCUUGCUCAACAGUACACAGAAUAACUCAAACUCAAAAACAGAGUUUGAACCUGAUGUGCGAAUAGUUGGCGGACAGGAUUGUAAGCCAGGUGAAUGUCCAUGGCAGGCACUUUUAAUAAAUGAAGAUGGUGAUGGGUUUUGCGGAGGAACAGUUCUGAAUCAGUUUUUUGUGCUUACUGCAGCUCAUUGUAUAAAUCAGACAAAAUUAAUUAAAGUUAUUUUAGGGGAAGUGGACACAGCUGCAAGAGAACGAACUGGAACUCUUUACACUGUGGAAAAAAUAUUAGUGCAUCACAGAUUUGUGCUGAAAACAUAUGACUAUGAUAUAGCCCUCAUUAAGCUGAAGAGACCUAUCCAGUUUUCGGAAAAUGUUACAGCUGCGUGCCUUCCCACGAUGGACUUUGCAAAUCAAAUCCUUAUGGCUCAAGAGAAAGGCACUGUUAGUGGUUUUGGGCGCAUCCAUGAAAAAGGUCGCCAGUCUGCCAGGCUUCAAGUUGUUGACCUACCUUAUGUUGACAGGAAUACCUGCAAGCUGUCAAGCAAUUUUCCAAUCACUGAAAAUAUGUUCUGUGCUGGCUAUCAUACAGCUACGCAAGAUGCAUGUCAGGGGGACAGUGGGGGACCUCAUGUGACUAAAUAUAGGGGUACUUAUUUUGUUACUGGCAUAGUGAGUUGGGGAGAAGGGUGUGCAAGAACAGGAAAAUAUGGGGUUUAUACAAAAGUGUCAAAAUUCAUAAUUUGGAUCAAGAGAAUUAUGGCUCGAACCAUGCAAAACAGUGUUGCAUAAGUUUGCCUCUUCUCUUGCUGUAGCUGAACUCCCACAUUUAUACAGGAAGGUUUUCUCAUUUAUUUAUUUCAUCUCUUACAUCUUGUGUGUCACCUGUUUUAAUCAAUUCUUAAACUCCUUUGGCUGAAUUGGAUCACAAUGAAAGAUGACACAGUAUCAUUUCUGAAAUGAUUGGAUGGGGAUAGUGUUCAACCAUUAAUAAAGAGAUCCUUUUUAAAAAGGAUAUUAUCACAACUGAAGCAAGCAUUUUGAGUUUAUAAGAUGUGCUUGAAAACUUUAGAACAUUUUGAUUUGUUUGUUCAGCUACAGGCUGUUAAAAAUACCCAUAUUUAAAUGAGCACUUAGAUGAACAUCUGCAAAUGUUUACAAUUAUAAAUUCGCUGGUCCAGUAUUUCAAUUUGGUAUUUAUAAUUAAUGAUUCAAUUAUUUUUUAAAAAAACCUUUAGUUUACAGGCCUCUAAUUUGCAACUUUAUGUUCCAUGCCAUUGUUCUUACUUACAUUAAUAUUUUACGGCACAAUCAGCCACUGUUCAGCAUGCUCUGAUUUGACUGGAUUAAAUGGGAGAAUUAAGCCCAUGUUUAACUCUGGCUUUUCUGCUGUAAUGAAUAGGAAUUAAAAGUAAUAUUGUAUCCCUGAUGAAUCACCUGCCAGUGAGGGAAUCUAGGAUCACCCACCUGUCAAUGAGUUAAAAUAAAAAAAUGGAAGGUUCACAAAUUAGCAGGCAAAUGUUUUUGAAAAGGAGCAGAGGCUAACUUCUUUGUGGUGCCACUUUGUUCUUUAAAAGAUAGUUCUUGAGCUGAAGGCUCUUAAGAAAAAGGGAGAGAGGAAAAAUGGCCACUAUAGUGUUCGUCACAAUAAAUAUCCCAAACAGUAUCCAAAAUAUCUGACACCCCACUUAGCAUGCAUGGCAGUCCCAGUGACAAAUGGAUGUAUAUUUUGGAAUAGUUGAAAAAUUAUAGCACCCCCACUAGUGGGAUAAAGUAUUGAUAUCCCUGAAGAGGUGGACUGAUGGACCAAAUGGAUAAUAUCUACAUAAGCACAAACCAAACUUGGGCCUGCAAACUCAGUCCCAUUGGAUUCAAUAUAAUUACUCCAAAAAGAAUGACCAUAGGAAUGUAGACUUGAUAUGGAACAAUAGUUCAUCUAGCUUUUAUGUCACAGUCUGUUCAUCAACUGUAGUGGCUGGAUGGUGGGUGAGGCCAUUACAGUGGACUGUUUUGACAUGGCCGACCCUGUGAAUAUGUCAUCAUUUAACCACCUUCUGAUCUGAUGUUUUAAAAAUUUCCUAAGAGAUGUCAGACUGCAGCCUUCAUAUCUCAGAGUGCACACAAGUCACAGGUCCGCAACUUGCUCUCAUGAACAACUAGUUUCAGAAAGGAAUUAAGGUGGUAGACCUAAUUUCGAUCUUCCAAAAAGGCCAGCCAGUUAAAAGAAACAACAGUGACUUAUCACAUGACCACCAUAAGGGUUAUACUACUUGGCUGUCAAUUUAGGGGAAAUCUGGUGAAGUAUACAUAUAUAUUUUACUAUUUAUCUUUUUCAAAUAUUUUCCCUAGUUCCAUAUUCUCAUUUGUUUCAUAUGCAAUAAUAAAACAAUAUGUGAAGUGACUUUUUGGAAAAUACUGUCUUGUUACUUAUCAUCAUUCACAAAUAAUUGAUGAUGAUGAUGAAGUACAGAAUGUUGUGUAAAAAUAAUGUGUUUGUAUGACAAAUCUUCUUUUGUUUUAUUGAGUUUUUCUCAUUCACCACCACUAUCACUCCAGAGACUUUUGAACUGUCUUCUUGUUUUCCUGUCCCAUACCUAAGAUGGUUGGGAUCUCUGCCAAAAUAUGAUAUCAAGCUUACUAAAAUAAAAACUAAAAGUGGUUGUA